CGGAGGCCCGUAGAGCGCAUGCUCGGGGCAGUUCGCGGCCGGCCGCCGAGCGCCGGAGUUGCUUUUGGCUGCCCUGCACCGAGGACAGGAAGAUGCCACCCAAGCGCAUAGCUAAGAGAAGGUCACCCCCAGAAGAUGCUAUCCCCAAAAGCAAGAAGGUGAAAGACACUCGUAACCGCCGUCCUGCUCCUCGCUCCUGCCAAGUCUCACACAGGUCCCACAACACAGAACCGGGCUUGGUGCUGACACUGGGCCAGGGCGACGUGGGCCAGCUGGGGCUGGGUGAGAGUGUGCUGGAGAGGAAGAAGCCGGCCUUGGUACCCCUUCUACAGGAUGUUGUGCAGGCCGAGGCCGGGGGCAUGCACACUGUGUGUCUGAGCCAAAGUGGCCAGGUCUACUCCUUUGGCUGCAAUGACGAGGGUGCCCUGGGAAGGGACACCUCAGUCGAGGGCUCAGAGAUGGUCCCCGGGAAAGUGGAACUGCAAGAGAAAGUGGUGCAAGUGUCAGCGGGGGACAGUCACACAGCAGCUCUCACUGAAGACGGCCGAGUCUUCCUCUGGGGCUCUUUUCGGGACAAUAAUGGUGUGAUCGGGUUAUUGGAGCCCAUGAAGAAGAGCAUGGUGCCUGUUCAGGUGCAGCUGGACACGCAGGUGGUAAAGGUAGCCUCGGGGAACGACCACUUGGUGAUGCUCACAACUGAUGGAGACCUCUACACCUUGGGCUGUGGGGAGCAAGGUCAGCUGGGCCGUGUACCUGAGUUAUUUGCCAACCGAGGUGGCCGUCAGGGCCUUGAGCGACUCCUAGUCCCCAGAUGUGUGCUGCUGAAGUCCCGGGGAACGCGGGGCCGCGUGCGGUUCCAGGAUGCCUUCUGUGGCGCCUAUUUCACCUUCGCCAUCUCCCGUGAGGGCCAUGUGUAUGGCUUUGGCCUCUCCAACUAUCACCAGCUCGGAACUCCAGGCACUGGGUCUUGCUUCAUUCCUCAAAACUUGACAUCCUUCAAGAAUUCCACCAAGUCCUGGGUGGGCUUCUCUGGUGGCCAGCAUCAUACAGUCUGCAUGGAUUCAGAAGGAAAAGCAUACAGCCUGGGCCGGGCUGAGUACGGCCGGCUGGGCCUGGGGGAGGGUGCUGAGGAGAAGAGCAUACCCACCCUCAUUUCCCGGCUACCGGUGGUCUCCUCAGUGGCCUGUGGGGCUUCAGUGGGGUACGCUGUGUCCAAGGAUGGUCGUGUUUUUGCCUGGGGCAUGGGCACCAACUACCAACUGGGCACCGGGCAGGAGGACGAUGCCUGGAGCCCGGUGGAGAUGACUGGCAAACAGCUGGAGAACCGUGAGGUGUUAACGGUGUCCAGUGGGGGCCAGCACACAGUCUUACUAGUUAAGGACAAGACCCAAAGCUGAUGACAUCUAUGUGGGCCUGGCUUCUGGCCCCAACCCAGCUUCACAGAACAGGAGCGGCCAGCUACAGAUCCCAGAAGGCCCCUCCCCACCCCUGAGCAGAAAUCAUCUCCUGUCUUUCCCAUCACCACAGCAGAAUCCUUUUUCCUUCUGUUUUGUCCUCUUUCUAGAAUCAUCCUGGUACUUGUGGGAUACGGGGGGAUGGGAGGAGGAUCUCAGAAGAUCUUAGCUUACCAGAGGCUUACUUUGUUAGACCUUUCUUCCCUUCGAUACCCUGCCUCCUGUGGUCCUAGCUGGCACUGGCUCCUGCCCUGGGGUUUUGGUGCCCACACUGAAAAGUUGGGACUCCAUGAAGCCCUGCUUCCCAUGAGCCAUUCUUUCUGUUCCUAACAGUUUACGAGGAGACAGAUGGUUUGUAAAGUCAUCAGAUCCAGUUGUCAUGGACCCAUGCCUGGAGAGCUGGACAAAGGCUUUCUGUGUGACCUAAGCCAAAUACUUGGCUCUAAACAGGUGUCCAUGGACAAAAACAGUGACCCACUUGAAGAAAACCAACUGUCCUCCCAAAAGCACAAAGCACCCAGUGUCCCUUGGGUGUCACCUGUCCGUUCCCCAUCAGUCAGCCUUUCUGCCAUAGAGGACUGGAUAGCCAUGCUGGGCUCGGCUGGGCAGUCAAGGCAGGGUAUUGGGGAAGGGGUAGGGGUGGGGGCUUCUAAUGGUGCUGAGGGAGGAGUGAAGGGAAAGGUGUGGAGGGGCAGAGGCUGGUCCUAAGAAAAGUAUAACAGUGGCUGAGAAAAUAGUUUUGAUUUUUUUUAAUUGUAUGAUAUUUUGGAGGGGAGAGUAAAAUCUUGUAACACUUUGAAUAAAUUUAGAGUUUUAUAAAGA